UUUACGGAUGAAGUUUGAUGUCACUGAAUACAACAUGGCGGUAUAGUAGUGGUGUGUUUAUGCAUGGUCGCUUGGAUGAAAACGUCGAACAUAUGGAAUAUAUUCCUUUUAACUGAUUAUUUAACCUAGAGGACGGCAUGCUCCGCAGAUCCAGGAUCAGUGUUCGGCCCAAUGUCAAGCCAGCUGGCAGAGGCCCAGCCCCUGUCUCCUCCCAGGACACUCCUCCACCUCCCCAGGAGGUUCCAGCUGCAGGGUCCCAGGCAUCUGAGGACUCUCCGCUGGCAGGCAGUCAGGGGGUUGAUGACUCCACUGCUACUGGAGUGGAAGAGUCCUCUGCACCCAGGGAGGAUGGAAAAGACCUGAAUGCCGAGACUUCGAGUGGCACCACCUCUGUCAGUCUUCAAAGGAGGAAGCGGUUCUCUGUCAUGCCAAACCUGGCCAAACCCCGGGCUGCUGCUACACCGGCCCUCACCCGCUCCGCACCGCGGGCCCCCAAGUCCCCUGGGAAAGCAGUCAGUGAGGCGCCUACUCCAGCCCCCAAAGCUCCAGAAGCCCCCAGCCAACCAGACAGUGGACCCUCACAGGGCAUGAGAUCCCCAAGACGGAGGCCCUCUGGAGGUGGUAGGCCGGCCAAAAGCCAGACGAAACCCAGUUCCCUGUCCUCAGCUUCCCCAGGCCCUGAGACCCCUCUGGAGAAGGAGACCGUGAAAAUCUCUUCCCCAUCAGAACUUGUGACCCAAGCUGUUGACGAUCAGACAACAUCCCCACAGGUCACUGAACAAGACAGAGGCUUUGUCCAAUCCGAUCUCCCAAAAAAGCCACCUAAAGCGACAUCUGCUCCGCUGGAGAAGGUCAAAUCAUCAUCCCUUCCAGACAGAGAGGGUGUCUCAGUAUCAGAGAGAGCUAAGACUCUGGCAGCAAGGUCGGUGCAGGGUGGAUUCACCGGGCUGGCUCCUGGGAAGACUCGGCUUAGCAGGUUCGUCAAUGACCCAACCGACCUACAGAGGCUCGCUAAGGCCCGGAAGCUUCGAGAACUGCUGAGGCAGGAGAUGAACAAAGAGAAGAAACGAAGCAAAGCCCAGGUGUGUGUGAAGGAAUACAACCUGGAUCCCACCAAGAUGACCAUGCGAGACCUUAUCUACUACCUCCCUGAAACUAAUCCCAUGACGUCCUAUCUGGAAGAGGACCAGGGUGACAAUGAGACUGUACUGCCACUCACUCCACCAAGAGAACAGUCACCUGAGAAACCCCCAACACCAAAGGCCUUGGCGGAAGUGGACACCCAGAGGGAUGAGGACGAGAGAGAGGACGACGAUGCUGACGGUGGGGUCUUGGUUCCGCGAGUGAAAGUGGCCGAGGAUGGCUCUCUGAUCAUCGACGAGGAGAGUUUGACGGUGGAGGUCUUGAGGCAGAAAGGGCCCAACCCAGCGGACGACAGAGACCCCAUCUUUGAACGUGGCUCCACAACAACCUAUUCCAGCUUCAGGAAAGGGACACACGUCAAGCCCUGGUCCAACAAAGAGACGGACAUGUUCUUCCUGGCCAUCAGUAUGGUGGGAACAGACUUCUCUAUGAUUGGUCAGCUGUUCCCUCACCGCGGUCGCACUGAGAUCAAGAACAAGUUCAAGAAAGAGGAGAAGGCCAACAGCUGGAGGGUUGACAAGGCCUUCAAGGAGAAGCGGAGGCUGGACGUGGCGUUCUUCUCUAGCCUCCUGGAGAAGAUCUUGGCUGUGCAAUCAAAAAAGAAAAACAAGUGCCCCACAGAGAAUAAAGUGAUGAAGAAAAAGACCCAGACCAAAGAGAAGAAAGCAGGGAAGCAGCUGAGCGACGUGGAGGAGGAAGGGUCAGACCUGGAGGUGGUUGGAGAGGGGGUCGGGGAGGGAGAGAAGGAGAAUGAGGACAUCUCUAACGAAGGGGCCCCACCUGCCCCCAAUCCCCCCAAGAGGAAGCGCAAAAGGACAGCUGGGGCAGAGUCCUCCCCCGAUAAAGCCAAGGGCAGAAAGAAAAAGAAAAGCAAACUAAUAAUAAGUGAUGAAGAAGAGACCGGUCUGCCUGAAGAGUCUGAUGCUGGGGUUCCAGAAGGUCAAGUGCCGGAAGAUGAUUCAACUGCUCACAGUUUAAAGCAGGCAGAAGAGCCAGUGGAAGGAGCCAAGGGACUGGGGGUGAUCAAACCAGCCAAGCUCUCCCGAGGUCAACCCCAGAGACCCCCACUUAACCUGGGUAGGAAGGGGGGGAAGUGUGGCCCAGGGCCCACGGCCAAGCCUUCUAAUAAGGAGGGGGCUUCGCAUGUGGAGGAGAUCACAGAACAAGGGCUUCCUAUAGAACAGGUUAAUGAAGAUGCCUCUAAGCCUAAAAGUGAGAAAAAGAAGGCUUGUGAACUCUCUUCAUCUGAUGAAGAAGAAGAAGCCAAUGAUAAACCCGUCAAGCCAACCAGGUAUGGCAGAAUUCCCAAAAAGACCAAGUUCAUGAAUUUCCCAGGGAAUGAGGAUGGGAACUUGACCUCCGACUCUCCCGCUGCACCUGUCAUGGACGAAUCCCCCUCCACAUCCUCUUCCACCAACCCCAAAGCCAAACCACCAACCAGAAGGGCCAAAAUCAAGCCUGGCCCCGCCCUGCCUGGUAGGAAGGGCCAAUUGGCAGCUAUGAAAUCCAAGCUGGUCACCCUCAGGGCAUCCCAGUCUGAAGAUGAUGAUGAUGAUGAUGAGGGCAGUGGAGGACAGAGAGAGGAGGCACUGAUCGAGGAGGACCUCCACACUCUCACCUACCCAGAAGAGCAGAACCAGGCUCCGGCAUUUGUUCCCAUGAGCCUCCGCUCUCCACAGCCCAUCAUCACAGAGGUUGAGGAGACCAUGGAGGAGUUCGAUAUCUCCGUCAACGUGCCUGAUGUCCUGGGUAUUUCCCAUGAUGCAUUCUGCCCUGACUCGUCAUGCGAGCGGGGUCAGGGGGGUGAAGUGGGCACAGUGCCCUGUGAACAUCAGUUGGACUUGUUAGUAGAUGUCAUUGACUUCCUGUCUCCAGAUAACAUGGACGUAUCUGAAGAGAGCUACAAUGACGCAGCUAGAACCUUACUGGCCAUCGGCAACCUCAGCUACGUGUCCCAGGCUGAGACAUCCACUGGAGCAGCAGAGGAUUUCAUCACGGAAGAAUGUUCCAAUAAGGACCAACUCCUCCAGGUAGUCACUGAGGCUUCACAAACUGCUGAGGAUACUGUCCCUGUUGCCCCAGCAACAUCCCCUAUCGCUGUCACCACCACAAGCAAAACAGCAUCUCCUCCAGUCACCACGACAACAGCGUCUCCUCCAGUCACCACGACAACAGCGUCUCCUCCAGUCACCACGACAACAGCGUCUCCUCCAGUCACCACGACAACAGCGUCUCCUCCAGUCACCACGACAACAGCGUCUCCUCCAGUCACCACGACAACAGCGUCUCCUCCAGUCACCACGACAACAGCGUCUCCUCCAGUCACCACGACAACAGCGUCUCCUCCAGUCACCACGACAACAGCGUCUCCUCCAGUCACCACGACAACAGCGUCUCCUCCAGUCACCACGACAACAGCGUCUCCUCCAGUCACCACGACAACAGCGUCUCCUCCAGUCACCACGACAACAGCGUCUCCUCCAGUCACCACGACAACAGCGUCUCCUCUAGUCACCACGACAACAGCGUCUCCUCUAGUCACCACGACAACAGCGUCUCCUCUAGUCACCACGACAACAGCCUUUGUCCCCGUGUCUCAGAUUAGUGGAAUGCCUCCUGUAGAAGCACUACCCAAAGAGGAGACUCUCCAGCAGGGGGAGUUUUGUUCAGAAGAAGCAGAGGUCUCAGAGAAACCGUUGUCCCCAAAAACCAGGAGAAGCCGCUUCCCUAAGGUUAAACCCAAUCUUUGUCGGACUGCCAGAUCAACUCAACCCAAACGUAAACUGUCUACAGAAAAUACAUCUCCACAGGCCGAAUCACCAAAACCUGAAGAAGAUACUACCCUGCAACCAAAACCACAACCUGGAGAAAUUAUUACCAUAAAGCCAGAACUACCACAACCCCCCAAACAUUCUACAGAAAGUCAUACCAUACAGCCAGAACUACCACAACCCCCAAAAAAUACUACAGAAAGUCAUACCGUACAGCCAGAAUUUCCACAACCCCCCCAAAAUACUACAGAAAGUCAUACCGUACAGCCAGAACUACCACAAACCCCCCAAAAUAAUACAGAAGGUCAUACCAUACAGCCAGAACUACCCCAGGCUGUGGAUGAUACUACCACACAGCCAGAACAACUACAACCAAGAGAAAACAUUAAGAUUCUACCCAAAACACAUCAGACCAGCACCACACUUUCAGACCCACCACCAGCCGUUAAUGUCACCAGAGAAGCAACACCGCCUACCAACAAUCUUACCAGGCAAUCAGAAGGCCAGACCCGACUAAGAACUACCUCGCAUUCAAAAAUGCAGCCCACCACAAAUAACAUCCCCCACUCAGAACCACUGCCCAUUCAGAGGACCAGAAUUGCCCGUUCCAAGCGGCAGUCCUCAUUGAAUGAACCAACCCCACCCACACUUAAUUCCCCCACAAACAAAUGUCCUAAACCACAAUCCACAGAAAGUACAACCAUACUCCCAGAAUCCGGCCCAAGCCCAGAGCAGAACAGUCCAGGUACAUGUAGAACCAGAGCCCCUGACCCAGAGUUCUCUCUGCAGUCAUCUGAAGACGUAAAAGGUGACAGUGACGUUAAGGAAAUUACUUCCUCGUCCCUCAGUGCUGAAGGUUCCCUGUCAGGGACAUCAGACCCAAAACAGCCAAAGCAGACUGGUCCACCAACCCGCAGGGCCCGUUUGCCUAAACCCAAACCCAACCUGGGUCACCCCACCAGAGGCACAACACGUUCUGCAGCCCAGGUAUCAGAAAGCAGUAACAAACCUGAUGUCCAGACACCAUCUGUUGAGGCUACCAGCCCCUGUCAGGAAGUUCAGACACCAUCUGUUGAGGCUACCAGCCCCUGUCAGGAAGUUCAAAGGCAAGAAACUGUCCAAACACCAGAGAAAGCUGAUGUCGUUUCCAUGGAUAUACAACAAAUUCAUCAUGUCAUCCCCUUUUCGGACAUCAUCGAUACGACCCAGGGGAAUACAUCUGUCUUCACCGAGGAGCAUUUCUUCACCCCACAAAGCGUUGCCGUCAACACCCAGAACUCGGAAAGUUUGGUCUCAUCUGUUGUGUUCAACCUGGACCAGGACCAGCAAGAUCCCGACGAGCCCAUCUUCAUCCUCUCCCUGACCGAAAUCCCAGUCCACCCUACAGGGGAGGAGUACACCCUCUCUGAGGCCUUCUCUUUUCAACCGGCUGAGGGCGCUUGCAUUCAACUGCAGCAAAGCAGUGACAGUGUUGCCCCUGGAGGUGGUUUGGGGAAAGGGGAUGCUGGCGUCCUCCAUAGUGUCCCUGAGUCUGUGCCAGUGGACCUGAUCGUCCCUCAACCUUCCCACACCCCUGUCAGCGAAGCGGAAUGUGACUCCACGGCUAGCCCAGAAGGUGUGGGCGUCUCAGCCAAUCCCUCGGGGGACCCCACAGCCGGCGCUGAGUCCGACGAGGACGUGGCUCCUCCGACUGAGAAGACAGAAGUGCCAGAGAGAGCCAGGAGAGGCAAACUGCUGGUGAGACCUACCUGCCCACGAAGGCUCACUCGUUCAGCCGUCACCGAGGAAGCAGUGUCCAACCUCCCCCCAGGCCGAGCCCCCUCCGCUGACCACCCUCCAGCCUCGCCGCAACCCUCCGUCACCAGGCCGGCAUUGGGAGACGCGGGGGCCGAUGAGUCGCAGCAGAGAGUACUGGGCCAUUUAAACCUCCCAGAGACAGAAGACGCUGGUGGGAAGGACCGUAGUUUGGGGGCGGAGAUUCAGGCUGCCCAAUCAAUUACACCACUGGUUACGACAAGUCCAUUGAGCAGGCCUGGUAGGAGACCCAGAGGAUUCCUGUCGUUCAUGUCCAAUAAGCCCCUCACACCUGCCUCCUCUGCCCCUGCUCGAGGUCCCAGAGCAGCCGCUCAGAGGCCCCAGGUCAACACCAACCGCACUGGGGGGAAACGGGCUGACUCCGCUCCCUCCUCCGUCAGAGCCAUGCCUGCACGUUUCACCAGCCCCACUAGAACCACCAUUAAGCCUGACGGUUCCCCGACGGUGACCUGGGGAAAACCCUCUGAUGUUCAAACCACCAAAUCAGACCCAGAGCCCAGUACCUCCCAGGGUACAGCUUCCCAGCCUUCUCAGGGGCCAGAUGGCCAGCCCAGUGCCUCUCCCUGUGUGGACAGCUACUCAACAGACGAGGAACCCAUCAACGUGUCCCAGUACUUUUUCAGUGACAUCUUCACUGAGGUUGAGGAGAAUGAGGGGUGACCGGAAAGAUAACAAGGCAUCUUUUAAUUCAUUGAACCGAGCUGAAGAACAAACUGCUAAAAAGUACUUGAAGAUUUUUGGAUGUAGCACUAAAAUCACAUCGCUUUGUGGUUAUGCUAACAAGGUUUCUGGUUUGCGGUGAAUAUAUUUGGCCACUAGAUGGCCACAAAACAGAACUUAAGACGAUUAUUUCAGAAGAAAACACUUUUUUUGUCCUGCUUAGGAACUUUGCUCUAAUUUGUGCACCUUUGCUAUAAUAAUAUCUUGAAUCAUAUUCAGACAACUUUGUAUCCUAAUAACAUAUUUAUAUUUAUUUGGUUUUAUUUCUUUUAAACCACUUAGGUAGACAUUAACAAUUCAAACUCACUUCUAUAGCACUCGCCAGUUUUGCAGUUUGCUCAGGGACUUUCAAAUUCAUAUUUGAGUUCUUUUUUUAUAGGUUUGCUGUUAGUCACAUGAUCACGCCAUUGAAUUUGCCAAGUUUCUCCAAAAACAAACAGGCUUUAAGUUAUCUCACUGGUUCUAAAAUUGAUCUCAACCUUUCUCAGACAAACUGCAUCACCGCCAAUCACAAUCCAAAUCAAAAUAAUUCAUCACUGAUCGCAAUCUCAGUUUUAAUAGGCUAGAAUAGGUUGUCACUCUUAGUGUCUGCUAAACCAAUAAUUUGUAAGGAGGGACUUUCCAGGUGGAAAGAGAUUACAGAUGAUCAUGUGACUGGAGUGCUCUGUUAAAGCAUGUUUACAUUUACAUACGAAGCCCUUGUCUUACAGUGAACAUUGUGUAAAUAUGUUAAUUAUAAUUUAGAUCAGAUAUAUUGCAGGGGGGAUUUUGGUGCAUGAAAAAGACUUGUUGUGCAGCUUCACAAUGUUUAUUAAAUGCUGCCUGAUGACACUGUUUACAGAGUCCUCAUUUAAUCAAUGUACCGCUACAACAAAUGCACUAGUCCAUUUUCAGUUCUCAAAUUUUUUGUUUUCAAAUUAGCAUAGCUGUUAUGUUGCUAAUGUAAAAUAUGUGAAUAAAGUUGUGUAUGUGAAUGUC